AUUUCCUUUGUUUUGCAUUGAAUAUGGCUGCCAUAUUUAGUUUAGAUGUCUGUUUUCAAAAGCGUAUCAGAAUUUGUGAUAAAUUCUACAUAAAAUUAUAGCGAAUUAACGUUGUGUUUGUCGAAUAAGACGGUGGGAUGUGUUAGAAGUUCAAUGGACGUUUAAAAAAUUGCUGCCGUGUUGUUUUUAAGUUAAAAUGCUUGUGUUUACAUCGACUGUCCUGGACUUGUGUACGAUUUAUGGCAAUUUAAGGAAUUAUCAGUGACCUGGAGUCGGAAGUUUUAGAGGAGGGUGGUGGCGGGGACACCGCCUUUGAACCGGUACCAAACCAUGGACUUACUUGUGAUUCCCAAGAAGAAACCAUGAGUGUGUGUUUAGAAACCAGCUCAGUGCUCGCCAAUCAGGUGAGCACCUCGACGUCGCCUCCGAUCACAGAAGAGGCCCCAAUUGCGCCCCAAUCAGCACCCGAACAAACCGAAUCAGCUCCUCCGCAACCAACCCCGGUCAGGACCAUAGCCAAGCUUCCGACAGCUAACGCCGCCUUGUCGAAGGCGUCGUUAAUAACCGUGUUGAACACUCCUUUGGGAAAUGUUAAAACGUUAUGUGUCACACCUGCAGUUUCGUCAAAUGCCACUGGUCAGUUCACUGUCGUUAAUUCAGCGACUCCGUUAAACGUCGCAAAUUCAACUGGGAAACCACAAACCAUCACUUUGAUCAAUACGCCAGUUACCGUUGUGAAAACAAUUUCACCGAGUGUUGAAAAAAGUGCUCCUGAAGUCGUACCUAACAGUUCAAAUGUUGUUGCCACUGCUGCAGCUACGGUGCCAGCUCUCAUCGAAAAUCGGGGACAUAAUGUGUUUGUUAAAAAUACGGCUUGUGCGGACAAUGUCACAGUGGCACAGGACGUUCCGCAAAGUCACAAAUUACUCACCGCCAAUAAUUUUCCCACAAAUAACGUCCUCACAACUGCGAUUAAUGUGAGCGAUGUUCAAAAAACGGCAAACGGUCAGAGAAACAAAGUAAAGAUUCUUAGCAAUGUUUUAAUGCCAGGCACUUCGCAAGGCAAUGUCCUCCUGAAUAAGCCCUUGAACGUUCCGCAACGUUACGCCCCGCGUCCGAAACUACUCGGGGCAAAUAACGGUGCUACGACAAAAUACUUGAACAAACCCCCUAAUAAUAUGGUAAACAAGCAACCUGUUAACAUGAUAAAUAAACAGCAACCGCAGAGAGUCCCAUAUCCGACUCACAAAAGUCAAAUAAAGACGCUUCCACCCGUUAACAAUUAUUUACAUGGAAAACAGCCAGGCAUCAAAACUUUGCCGCCACACAAGGGGGUUCCGGGGCAGAUUCAAAGGACGGGUUCAGGCCUGAGGACCAUACCGCCUCAAAGGCCGCAAAAAAUCGCCAAUAAACCCAACUACAUCGGAAAACAUGCCGUACAAGCACAAAAACUGAAACAACCUCAUAAACUAAAAAGUAUGAAAGCUAAUCAAUUGUAUAACAAUUACCACGGACCGCCCGUACAAGAAAAACAAAUGACGUUUACUCAAGCUUUAACAGCGGAGAUAAUCGAAACUUUGAGCAACAAAACUGGCAAUAUGACGGGUUCGUAUUCGAAUAAAAGCUACGAAAGCUUACCACCACGGUACGAAAACUCGUACUAUUCGCCAGAAAUGAAACCAACAUUCUCAACGGAUCAGGCCAGACCAAUGGAGGAACGAACCAAAUCCGGUCUGGACCUCAUCUACCAAGCGGUGCUUCUCGAUCAUAAUUACAAUGCUACUCUUCCACCUGAAUCUCCCAACAGAUCAAUACCCACGCCCAACACACCUUCGCAAAUGAACGGGGUUUCCGGUAGUUCGAUGUACUCGCCCGGAAGCGGUAAAAGGCGGACGUUAUCAGCCUCCAAUCCGAUUUCAUCGUCUACAAGUUUGUCGACACUGUCGGCGGUUGCGAGCAACAGCAACUCGGUGAUUGGCUUGCAAGACGACGACGCCGCCUCCGACAUCAGCGACGGUUCGGACCGCAAGCAGGACACCGAGGGCGAAGAGACGGACACCGCCCCCGAGGCGGAAGCCGUCAACAACGAGGACCAGUUCGGUGAUUACGUCACACGGUGCAUUUGCGGGUUCAUCCACGACGACGGCUACAUGAUCGAAUGCGACCGCUGUAAAGUGUGGCAACACGUCCAGUGCGUGGUUAAGAAUAAACAAGUCCCCGAGGAGUACCUUUGCGAAGUUUGCGACCCGCACAAGCACAUCGAUAGGCAGAAGGCGCGGAUGGUGCAACAGCAGUGGCUGCGAGAGAGACAGUUUGCCGAUCCGAAGUUGCGCAAAGAUACGAAAUUGAAGGAGGUGUUCAAACAUAAGGAGAGUUUGAGCGAUAGCGAUACGUCAGAUGGGGAGCAUACAGGGCAUAAUAAUAAUAUCGUGGGGAAAGGACGGCCGACUUUGGUCAACAGGAGGAAGAGUGACAGCCAUCAAAAGGGAGCGAGACAGAGGAGGGAUUCGGCGAAGGAAGUGGUGCAAAGGAGGCAGAUUAAGAAGAGGGAGAGGAAAGUCGUCAAGCGAAAAACUAAGGCUCAGCUGAAGAACCAUAGCGACGAUGAAAACCACGACUCCGUGGCCUCCACUCACUUGCCACAGCUUCGCCAAUGGAUCGAAAACUACGAAGAAGCCGUCACCAAUCACUACUCGCCCGAGUUACGCGCCCGCAUAAGCAACAUUCGCGUGAAUGGUGCCCAUAACGAUAUUUCGAUUCAGUUUGAUCCAUCGGUUCAUAAAUGUCGCGUUCAUACACAACCUUUGACCGAAUUGAAAUUUCUCGUCAGUACCGUUCAUCUACCGCCGAAUUCACCCGUGAUUGAAUUACGCGGCAAAUACAUGUUAUCGGCACAACAUCGCAAUUCGGGAAGCACGUUCAACACGCGACAACACGCUCAACGUCCCGGUCCGUUCCUCUUUUUCUACAAGUUGCACAAGGACAAUACUGAAGUGUGCGUUGAUACGAGGACGUACGGAAAUAGCGCACGAUUUAUUCGACGGUCGUGUAAACCGAACGCCGAACUGAGACAUUCGAUUGUUAAAGGUGUUCUGCAUUUGUAUAUUGUGACGAUCGCGAAUGUGGAUAAAAAUGUCGAGUUGACGAUUAAACACGAGUCGCACGAUUUGGCCGCUAUUGGGACAACGCAUAUUGCGUGCGCGUGCGGAAAUCCCGACGAAUGUACAGUUAAUAGGACAAGCAUCAAGAAAAAUGGAGAGUCGACCGAAAUGCACAAGAAGAGACGCGGCCGUCGCACUACUUCUGUUUCUCUGUCGUCGGAAUACGAAACUCCCAACAAACCGAAGAAAGAAACCCUCCCCCAGCCCCUCGCAUCGCCGCCUCCUCCCCCGGCAGUAGUGAAGCACGAGGAGGAUGAUGAAGAAGACGUCAAACCGGAGGUUGUCGAACAGCCGGUUAAGACUGAACCUGAAGAUAUUAAACCCGAAGUGAAAGAAGAAGUCACGGAACCGGUGCCCGAAGACGUGAAAGAUGUCAAAGUGAAGGAAGAAGAGGUGAAACCGGUGACACCGUCAACGCCUCCGACACCGCCAAUCACUACAAGACGUUCGUCGUCUCAUCACAAGGCCGAAAAGGAGGAAUGCAACAAGGAACCGGAAGUGAAGGAGGAUUCGUCACCUCCGAUAGAGAAAAACAAAAAUAAGAAGUUGAGUCGCGAGGAGCGGAAGUUGGAAGCGAUUUUGAGGGCCAUCGCUCAGAUGGAAAAGGCCGACCAGCGAAAACAGGAGCAUCAGGCCAAACAGGCGCAUCGGAGGGAGUCCGAGCCGGGGCCGGGCAAGGACGAGGACAAGGCAGAGCCGAAGAUGAAGCGAAAAAGGCGAAAAGGCAGAGCGCGAACGUCCAGUACACACACACCGGCCAGUCGUCGAAAUCGUCUCAAUUCGACCGAUUCGUACCUCACUUCAGGCGACGAAACAUUGCUUUCUCCGCACGACAGCGCUCCACCGAAUCGUCCUUCCAUGAAAGAUACCGAGUACAAAGAGAAUACUCAAGGCAAUCAGCAAAACACGUCCGACAAAGACGUCGGUCUUCUUUUGGCACUUUCGAAUGGUGAAAAAACGAAUAAAUCGCCACCGCGUGAAACCGAUUCCAAUUCGAAUUCGGCGCAAUCCUCGCCUGAAACACACCUGUCGUCGGCUUGUUUACUGGUACAAGCGGCCGUCGAGCCAAUGGAACAAGGCUUUAAAUUUCCCAAAACGAAAAAAGUUCUAAUGAACGAAUGGUUGAAUAAAGUGCCAGAACCUGUACAUUCGGCCAGUUCGAUAUCGCCGUCUUCGCUAACGCCACAUAUCAAUACCGGCACUGAUUACGAAUCGAAUGUUGGUUUUUACAAUCCGGGGAAAAGUCUCGUUGCACUUGCUCAAGUUGCCAGCUUUUGCGAUACGAACGUACAGCCCAGAGGGAGCGCGAAGAAGAGGUGGCUAAGGCAGGCUAUUAGCGAGGAUCAGUGUGAUAGUCCAUCGGGUCGUCCAGAAUCUCCCCCAAUCAGCGAAACGAUAGCCCCGCCAAAAAAGCGCCGCUUACCGCGGGAAUCGCUCUCAAAUGACAUUACACCACCAUCGACACCAACUAGUUUAGCACCUCCAACUAGUAAUAAUGAACGUCCUCCGGUCCAGGAAGGUUGUGUCGAGAUCGUGUACAGCGGUCCCGACGAAGACAGUCCCUCGCAGGCCAUUGAAUCAGAUGCAGUAUUAGAAGAACGCGUCGCUGAAAUGAAGGAAGAGUUCAGUAAUUGUGUGGUGCCUCCGUUACAAGAGGUGCCUGCGCCCACAACUCGGCCCGAAAUGCCCCCCGUUUCAUGUCUCAUGGAUCCUCGUCUGUCGAGGGAUCAUCAUCAUAUUUUCUCGAAUAGUGAUCAUUUAGUCGGCACUGUGGAAAAAACGCUGAGUAUUUUGGGGUUUGAGGAGCGGAAGCCUGAACCGAUCACACCGGCCAAGCGAAAACUUUCGAUUACCGAAUACAGGCAACGGAAGAAGCUCAAUAAUAAUGAUAAAACGUCAAUGGACGAACCUGUCAGCACUGAGGAAAAUAAUUCUUCGGAGUCGUUCAAACCGAUGCGUCCGAGGUCGGAUAGUAUGAGUAGUUCAACGUCGAUCACUUCGUCGGAUGAUGAGGCUCCAGCUAUCGAAAUGACUGGUAAAGCUCCGUCAGCAUUUAAUUCAGAGCCCACCGAGCUCGAACGCCAACGUGAAUUGACCACUCUAAGGUUGAAGAAGGUUUUAGGCAUUGCAGUGGACGAAGAAAGCCGCAAACCAGCUUUGGACGUGGAAGCGAUUCUAAAUUGUGAACUGCCACCGGUCGUGAAGACAAUCCCACCGAGUCCGACUUUCCCAAUUCCGGGCAGUUGUGAUGUCACGCUAACGGCUGCAAAGUCAUCACCGAUUUUGGAGGCUGCGCCCCCGAAUCCUGCUCCUGUGAGUAGUAGUAGCCCUCCGACUGUUGAAAAUGAAGAACCGGAAGUUGAGAGUGAAGAAAUCGCCGAGGAGCAAACUGAAGUUGGUGUCAAACCGAAUAUGUUUUAUACGCCGGAUGAGGAAGAAGCUGGAGUGGAUGAGAACGCUCAAGGCAGUUUUGAGGAAAUCGAUUCUGUUGAUUAUGUGCCACCGUUUAAUAAUCCGGUGUAUCCGAACGACAGCAAUUUUACAGCGUUUGCGUCGGUUUUGGAUGAGGAGGGCCGCUACGAGGGCCGCAACCCCUCGCCGCCCCCCGACUUGGAGGCGGGCAGCUCGCCGUACCCCGGCCAACAGACGUGAACUGAAGGAGCUUUAAUUAGUUUAAAGAGGGUGUGCAAUUCAAGUUUCUUACAACAUAUUUAUUUAAUUCAAGUAUUAAUUGUAAGCACAGUGUGUAUAUAGUUGUUUUUAUUUUUGGAGAUUUAUUUUUUAAAAGGAUAAUAUAUGUUAUCGAUAAAUAGCGAUGCGUAGGACCAGUGAUUAAGAUUUUUUUAAGAGUUUCGUUCAGUUAGCAGUUUGAGUUACUCUUACUCGUUUGUCAUUGGUAAUAUAGUUUUUUUUAUAUAUUUUUGUAGAUGAUGAUGAUGAGAGUAUGUACACUUUGUAAAUAAUAUAUAUAAUUGAAUUUCUAUCGCUAAGCUGGAAUUAGAAAAUUGUUAUUAUUUUUUUGCGUUUAAAGUGCAGCGUCAAUCACUCUAAUCAAUACUCCCGAAAAUCUCAUUUGUACAUAUUAUAAAUUAAAUAUUUGUAAUACUCGCGAGUUUGUGGCAGUGAUUUGGCGUCUGGCACUGUUGUACAUGUAAUAAAAGUACAAAAUUAUUUAAGAGGUGAUCUCGUGUUUUAAAAAUGUAGAACUUCUGUUUUUAUUGAUUACAAAUAGUUUUUCUUAGUGUAAAAUCGAUUGUUAUUACAUGUUGGGUUACAUAGGUGAAUUUUCAAAUAACCAUAGACAGUUUCUAGAAUUGAUCGUCAAACUGAUGAUAACUUUUUGUAAUAAUUUGUCUUUUCCAUGUUGUUUCAGUUUCGAGCGGCUUCCACAAAGUGCUGAAGGACUCGUAAAUAUGGCAGUGAUUUAAAUAAGUAACUGAACAAAAAUGCAUCACUGGUUUGUUUGCGGAAGCCGCUCUGUACAUAUUACAUUUAUCAUAAUCUAUGUGUAAAUAAGUACAUUUAUAUAUGACUUUGUAAAUUUCGUACUACAAGCCCAGUUGUAAGUUUUGUUUCUCCAAUGGUACACUAAAUUUUUAUUUCUAUUUAUUUCUUCUGUAUUUCAGCCAUUUUUGCAAUUGAUCCAGGGUCAGUUGCAUUAAAGACUGUCGGAAAUUUGUGGUAUAGAAGUCUUUGCAGCUGCUAUUUAUUUCAGAUACCGAAAAUUGUACAAAAUUUCGUAAUAAAAUUUGUUAAAAAGAUAUAAAAAUAAAUUUCUUACAAUCAGUAUUAAUUCUAUAAGACGUACUGAAGUAAGUAACAGCGCAAAGUUGGUUAAAUUUGUCAAUGAAAUGUCAACGACUUUAUUAUUACAUAAAUUAACUAUUUUAAUAUAUAAAUUAAAUAACAUGGCUGUAUAUAUAACUCGAUGUUGGUACGAAAAUCGUACGCAUUAUUAAAUAAAUUCAUUAAAAUUUAAA